AUGCCAAGGUUUGCAUUGGCGGCCAAUGUGGUUGGGAGAUUGUUGCGCGGUAAGCCAAUUGAUGAGUGGCUGUCGACUGAUGAGAAAUGGCUCUCAGAUUUAAAAGAUGAAAAUCUAGUCAUCAAGAUUUUGAAACUGAGUUUUGAUCAUUUGUCGCCACCAUCACUCAAAAAGUGCUUUGCAUAUUGUUCGAUAUUUCUUAAAGGAUACGACUUGGAAAGGGAACGCUUGGUUGAGCUUUGGAUGCAGAAGGAUUCCUUGGAGGAAAUGAUGAUAUGGAGAUUGUUGGCAACAAAUUCUUUAAUCAACUUCUAG